AUGGGUAGCGAUCGUAAGUCGAAAAAGAAGGGGUCUCCGGCUGAGUCCUCGUCGGAAGACGAAGGGAAGAACAAAAGGCGUAGAAGUUCAGAAACAAAGAGUGAUAAGAAAGAGAGAGACUCUGAUAUGAAGCACAAAUCGCAUAAAUCUUCAAGUACUAAAGGUGUUUUCUUUGGAUCACCUUCAGAUCAUUGCACAGAUGAGUUGGAAAUGGACACCGAAGAUUUAGCAGUCAUCUUCUAUCCUGAUCAUAUGGUGUAUGGUGAUAGUUAUUGUACAGAUUGUGUUUUAACUUUCACCAGCAGUUGCAUCAAAAUAGAGGGUCCAGGUUCAAUUCUAGAUGGAGAUGACAACAUCUUGAAAUUACAGUGGGAUGUUCAGGAUUUAGUUCAUAUCAAAUCUCAUUGGUAUGAGCUGAUGGCAAUGGUGACCAUUCAUGUACUUACUGAAGAUACAGUACAAUCUGAAAAUGUUGAAUGCACUUCAGGUGCUGAAUUGAAGUUUGCAAUCAUGGGGACUAACUGGUUUGGGAAACAAGAAGCAAUCACAACUUUAAAUGUUGCAUACAAAACUUUAUGGAGCAGUAUGCUUGAGUUAGAGGACACUGUUCUUGGACAAAUCAAAGCACCUUUUACAAAGUAUUUUCCCAACUUUGACCAGCCUUUUGAAGAAGUUAUAUAUCCAAAAAGGGAUGUUGAUGUUGUUUCCAUUAGUAAAAGAGACGUUGAUUUGCUGCUACCAGACACAUUUUUCAAUGACACUAUCAUUGACUUUUAUGUCAAAUACUUGAAGAACAAAAUCAGGCCUGAAGAGAGACAGAGGUUUCAUUUUUUCAAUAGUUUUUUCUUCCGGAAGCUAGGUGACCCAGAAAAAGAACCUCUAGAUGCCCUUGAAGGGAAAAAAGCUUUUCAACGCGUAAGAAAGUGGACACAAAAAGUUAAUCUUUUUGAGAAAGACUUUGUCUUUAUUCCUGUAAAUUACAACUAUCAUUGGAGUCUUAUUGUGAUGUGUCAUCUUGGGGAAGUUGCGAAAUACAAGGAUGAAGAAGAUGUAACUGAGUUGAUUAAAGUGCCAUGUGUUCUGCAUAUGGAUCCUAUCAGAGGUAGUCAUACUGGCUUGAAAGGUCUUAUGAAAAGCUAUCUGAAAGAAGAGUGGAAAGGGAGGCAGCAGGAGGCAUCUGAAGAUAUAUCAUCAAGAUUCGAUAAUCUACGCUUUAUUUCACUUGAGUUACCACAGCAGCCGAAUUCAUUCGACUGUGGUUUAUUCUUGCUCCAUUAUGUAGAACUUUUCUUGGAGCAAGCCCCGAUUAAUUUUAAUCCAUUUAAAAUCACAAAAAGUGUCCACUUUCUAAAUACGGAUUGGUUUCCACCUGCUGAUGCAUCCUUGAAAAGGGUGGUUAUUCAGAGACUGGUGUAUGAUCUCCUACAACAACCUUAUGAUGAAGCUGAAGCCUUUUACAAAGUAUUUUCCCAAAUACUUGAAGAACAAAAUCAGCAAAAUGAAGCCACUUGA